UAUAGGCGAAGUCAUGCAGUACAGACAAACAAUACAAGACAGAUUAUUUGAAACCUGACUGGAAGUCCCACUGGGAAUUGUUCAUCGACAAAACAGCAUGAAACGUCUCCCUGAGGAAAACGUUCAAUACUUAAGUGUUAUUAAUGAAUACACCCUUCUCGACAAUAAUUUACCUGGCGCAAACCAUUGGUCGAUAUCGGAGGCAGCUUGGCACAGCUGUUUAUUGAACACGAAUCUAAAAAGAAACUCUCAGCGGGGAGCACCCCUGGGGAUUUCUCUGCUACAAAGCAAUUCAAUAUUUAUACACUGACGUAGCCAAUCUCCACAUGGCAUGCUUUUAACUUACUGAAAUAACAUUUAUAACUCAGUUGUGUAUAAUUUUAGGUUUAUAGAGAAAUGAGAUUAUAAAAUGUUAAAAGUUUGAUUUUUCAAUAAGGAAAUUUUAUGAUGCAUUUAAAAUUGACAGGAUAUUAUUGUGCUGAACUUUUUCUACAACAAGACAAUAAAGAGAAAAUAAAAUUAGUUUAAUGUGAUCUUGUUCACUGAGAAUAAUAAUACUAGAAUUUUUUCACACACAAGGAUAUAAAAAAAGUUUUCAGAAAAAAAACUGUCAAGACAUACUGUUUUCUGCAUUCCAAAGAUGUCGAGAAGAAAGCAAGCAAGACCAAGAUCUUUUAAAAGGGAAGAUGAAGAAGACCAAGAGACAGAAGAAUGUGAUGAUAAGAAAGUUAUGUUUGAACAAGAAGCAGACCAAGUUGUUGUCUCCAUGGACACACCAUCCCACUAUAACUGUGAUCUGUGUGGGGACAGUUUUAACAGCAUGGACCAAUUCAUGGACCACAGGAAUAUGGAUUGUCUCUCUGGUAACCUGUCAGAGAAGAACAGCUGGCAUACAGAUGGUUUUGAAGAUAACAACAAACAGGAGCAUGACUCUGUGGACUCUACUGAUCUUGACAAUGGAGAGGAUCUCUCUGGUGACGAUGAGACCAUGGAAGAAGACUUCACCCCAGAACAGGUCCCAGGAGCAGAUGUGGUAUCAGAGAAUAAUCCCUAUGGGUGUCAGUUCUGUACAAAAGCUUUCCCAAGGCUCUCAUACUUGAAAAUACAUGAACAGAUACAUGAAGAUAAACUACCCUUCAAAUGUGAUUAUUGUAAAAGAUUAUUUCGACACAAAAGGAGUCGUGACAGACACGUAAAAAUGCACACAGGAGACAAGAAGUACAAGUGUAUGCAGUGUUCUUCUGCAUUUGCAAGGAGUGAUCACUUGAAGAGUCACAUGAAAACUCAUGACAGUGCAAAGCUAUACCAGUGCCACCUAUGUAAUCGAGGCUUCACAUCAGGUCCGGCACUGACAGCUCAUCAGGCCAUUCACAAAAGUGACAUGGAAAGUCUACAAUCAGUUAGGUGUAUGAAAUGUGACAAGCUUUUUCUGUCUGCUACAGAACUGCAAGCCCACAUGUCUGUUCAUAAUUGUGAAGGUAGUCCUGCGGAAAAAGUGUUCCAGUGCACUUACUGUGGAGAAAUAUGUAUGGGGAAGAAAGCUUUAGACCAGCAUGUGGAAACCAGUCACAUGAAUGACCGUAGGAACCAGUGUCCAGUCUGUCAGAAAAAUUUCUUCAGUUACGAUGCUCUUUGUAAUCACCUGAGUGUCAGCCAUAGAGAAAGUCCAGUAUAUAAUCCUGACCAGAGUCCAGGAAAAUCAAAAGAUAUGUUAGUCUGUCCAUACUGUUUCUGUAGUGAUUUUGACUCACUUGAAGUUUUGGAGUUACACAUGCAAAGUAUACACAAUGUACGAUCCACUGAAGUGUACACAUGUAACUACUGUAAUGCACCGUACCAUAACUUGUACAGUCUACAUGAACACAUGAGAGCUGUACACCAGAACCAGCCAUGCAUGGACAUUAAAUAUCCAUGUACACUCUGCUCCAGACAUUUCUCAAGUAUUGAGUCAUUAUCUAUUCACAAGAAAGUUGCACAUUACAAAGAAAAAAACUCUAGCGGAAGUUCAAGGUCAAGCUCUGUUGGUUCUGAAAAAGAUAAAAAUUUAAAAAUAAAGCAAGAUCUAAGACCGGAAAGAAGAACACCUGAUAAAACCCUUCUAAAUUUUCCCAAAAAGGAACCUACUGAACUAGUGGAAAUUAAAGUUCCAACUUAUACUGCAAGCCAUCUUAGAACACCUAAUCAAACUUUUACAAAUCAGGCUGACAGAAGACCAUCACCGAGCAGUAUAUAUCUGUCAAGUCCUACUGAUGCAAAGCGAAGCAUGAAAGAACCUCAAUUAUCAAAGAGUCCAAGUCACAACAGGUCAUCACACCAAGAAUCCAUCACCUGUGACCACUGCAAUGCUACAUUUUAUGACAUUAAGAAUUUCCAGGCCCAUGUUAAUUUACACAUUUCUUCAGCAAUGGUCCAGUUUACGUGUAAAGUGUGUAAAAAUCAGUUUCCAACAGAGGAACAACUAGAGAAACAUACAUCUACACAUUUCCUCAGCAUGACAACAGAAUAUGGAUGUACAACUUGUAUGAAGUUAUUCUCUAAACCAGACGAGCUACAGAAACAUUUGAUGGACAUUCAUGCUCAUCACCUGUUCAGAUGUUCACUAUGUAAAGAAAUAUUUGAUUCCAAAGUAAACAUCCAGGUCCACUUUGCCAUUAAACACAGUAAUGAGUGUAAGCUGUAUAAAUGUACCAAGUGUGAUUCUGUGUUCCGAUCGGAGAUGGAAUGGGAGGUCCAUGUCCGUGUCAAUCAUCUUCAUGUAGCCAAACCUUACAGAUGUUUGUUUUGUAAGGAAAGUUUUACAAGUGAAAUGGAUCUACAAUGCCAUUUAACAACACAUAACAAACUGUAUCCUUGUCCAAUGUGUGAGCAGUCUUUCCAUGUGGAAUAUCUUCUGGACCUUCAUAUGCAAAAUGCACAUGGUAACUCCACUGAUAAGCAAUUAUCUCCCUUGAAAAUUAAAGCAGAACCAAUCUUGACAACACCAGAAAGGUCAGAAAUUCAGAUUCCACAGUAUUCUCCUAGUUCAGCGCCAGGAAUUUGGAAGAACACAGAAAUGUUACAUACAUGUAAUAUAUGUGAUAUGAAGUUUGCCCAGCAGUCAGGUCUGAUGAAACAUAAGGCUAUCGAUCAUGGAUUGUCAAAUAAACGUAGAUGUAUGAGUCCUCUUACAAAUGGCGAUGAAAUUAUAAGUGCUCCUAAACAAGAACCUACUGAUGUUCCGAUGUCAUUUGCAUCAACAUCUAUGUCACUUCCUGUUGUUGUUGUCAACGAUAAGUUUCAUUUAGCUUGUAAAUACUGUAGUCAAACCUUUAAGAACAGAAAUGACUUGGAUAAGCACACCAAAAUACACCUGAAUAAUGGGAACUUGAAAUGUAAUAUUUGUGAUGAAGUUUUUGAAACAAACGGAAAUUUAGCUGAGCACAAAUUGUCCCAUUGCAAAAUACAACAAGGGAAUGAAUGUGUAUUGUGUAAAAUUCCCUUAGCAACCGAAGAUCAGUUUUAUUUACAUUCACAGGAACAUGGAUUCCAAAGUUCUUACAUGCAAUGUAUUAUUUGCCGACAGACUUUGGUUACCAUGACAGAACUCCAGAUGCAUGGCAACCAUCAUUUUCAGAUGAAGUCGUUAGCAAACUCUUGUUGUGUUUGUUACAAAUCGUUUGAUAAUAGAGAAAAUUUAGUAUCAAAGAUUUACAGCAAUGGUGGACAAUAUUUUGUGUGUAAAACGUGCUACCAUGGGGACAGAUUAUCACACCAGUGUAAAGACUGCAAUCUAAUAUUUUCAUCUAACGAAGAAUUGGAUCGUCACUCUAAAACUCACAAACAAAGAUACCAGUGCAUAAAAUGUCAUGAAUCCUUUAAUAGUGAGGAAGAAAUUCAAGCCCAUGUGACACAUCAUUUGAUAAAUGAAGGAAAUAUACAGGAAUGUAAGCUUUGUAACACCUCCUUUGAUUCACCAGCCAAAUUACAAUGUCAUCUUAUAGAACAUACUUAUCAAAACUCAGAAUAUGCCUGCAUUGUUUGUUUAAAGGUUUAUAAAAAUGCAGCUGAGAUUCAGGCACAUUCAUUUGAGCAUGAUUUAGAUGCAAGACUUUAUCAUUGUUCAGAGUGCAACAAGAAAUUUUUCUUCAGUGCUGAACUUGAAAAUCACUUUUAUCAACAUUCUGAAAAAACAUCAAAAUCUCCCAACCCUGUUUUGGUAAAAUCUCUGAACUUUAAAUGUGAUAAAUGUGACAAGGAAUUUAUCAGUCAAAUCAAUUUAAACAAUCACCAGAAAAUCCAUGAGAAACGAGAGCAGAAUUACAAAUGUUCUCUUUGUUCUGAAGUCUUUGACAGUAUGGCAUGGUUACAGCAACAUUUCUUCUCCAGUCAUUCCAAUGCAGACUUGAACACUGAGAAGAAGACGUACAAGUGUACAGAGUGUGGAGAAGAAUUUGCUUGUACGAGUAGUUUACAGGGACACAUGAGAAUACACAAACCUGGGUCAAAAUUUCCAUGUCCUGUGUGUCAAAAGGUGUUUGCAUUGGCCAGGAACUUAAAUAUUCACAUGAGGUCACAUAGUGGAGAGAAACCUUAUGAGUGUCCAGUCUGUCAAAAAAGAUUUGCCAGAAAGGAGAACAGAAAGGCCCAUAUGAGAUCUCAUGGUGGUAUUAAACCAUUCUUAUGUCCUAUGUGUGGAAAAUCAUUCACCAGGAAAUGUCAUGUUAAAGAACACAUGAGGACACACUUUGUACAGGAGGCAAGCAAAAUAGAAUCUUCAGACAAGACAGAAAAUGAUGAGACGUCCCAAACAAGUGACCUUGAUAAAAGACUAGAGGGUGGUAUUAUUGUUGAUCCCUUAUCACCAAUUGAUGAUGAUGAAAUCAUAAGUGCUACAAGUGAGGAUGAUUUUGAUACAGAAGGGUUAUCUGCCCUUGGAGAAGUAAAUGAUGAGGAGUUUUCUUAUGUUGAUGAGUCUGACUGUGAAGAUAGUGAAAUAAAAACUGAAAUUCUGGAAUAGAUACAUUUAUUAUGCUGUCAGUUAUUAAAGCUGGAAGAACAAACAUUUGAUACUAUAUUAUUUAUUACUUGAUUAUUUAAUG